AUGGUGGCACAACAAGCACCCAGGACCAAUCGAGUGGUAAAUAAGGAAAAGGAAGCAAAGAAAGCGCUCCUGACCAGGAAAGCCAUUGACGGAAAAGCAACAGCCCUUAAGAAACAAGAUAAUGGAACCCAAAAGGCUGAAGCUAUCUUAGCCAAGAUAGUGUUGCUUGAAAAAAUUGAACAAAAAGAGAGAACUGAAGCCGUGUUGCAAGAGCUUGCAGAGCUUAACCAGAAUCGCAUGGAAUAUGAUAUGGAUAUUGAGAAGGCGAAAAGUGAAGAAGUAGGCUUCGAGCAGGAAAUUCUAGACGCUGAUCAGAUGGACAUCUAUGACGAGGUCGAUCCGGACGAACCUUUAACGUCGACAGACAGGCUCCCGCCCCCCCUUUUCACAGUCAACCGCGAUUUAGCAGCUCUUUUAUCAGGAGCGAGUCUGAGUGGCGAUGCAGAAAAUCUAGACCUCGAUGAAGGGUCCGGCUUGAGGCCGGCCCAACAUCCUGUUGGCUACAAAGGUGGGAUCUCGACGACAGCUAUCGUCGGUGAUUUCGAAGUCAAAAACUUCCCAAUUUAUAGACUCAGGACGGAUAUUGCGAUUAACGACGACGAAGUGCCUAAUAUUAUGGAACGGAGACGUGGAGGGAAAAACAAACCUUUGAGCAAAGAAAAGUGGCGGAAAAAAGAUAUCAAGGCUAUUAAAGGGAUCGCCAUAGCAGUUCCCUGUGAAUAUCCUGGAAAACCGGAAGAUUUGGUUGCACAAAUCAAACCUAUUUCAGAAAAGAAAAAGAUAAAAUUGAAGAAAAAUGGGAAGAAGGUUCCGAAACAGCCAGAUGUGCAACUCCUUAUUGAAUGGCGGGAGCCAUUGGUGGUGGAGACCCCGAGUGGACCCCAAUCAGUUUCUACGAGUUGGGAAAGCAGAUCAGGGUGUGGUAGAAUCUGGAACAAAAAGAUAGUACCAGAUCUCAUGUGUCGUUAUGCAAAAUUUCAUGAAGUUAACUACAGGAGACAUGGGGGUGAGCAUGGAUCAGAAGAACGGAGUAUAUCUCCGUUCGAGAUCCCUUCCGCUGGGGUCACACCGGAUCCCGAUUCGGAUACCGAUUCCGAUCUGGAUUCUGAAGAAGAAAUUGUGCUUGCGGAGGCGAUGAAGAAAGCGAAGAAAGCGAAGAAAGCCGCAGAGAAGAAGGCGAAGGAGGAGGCGGAGAAGCCGAAGGAGGAGGUGGAGAAGCCGAAGGAGGAGGUGGAGAAGCCGAAGGAGAAGGUGGAGAAGCCGAAGGAGAAGGUGGAGAAGCCGAAGGAGAAGAAAGAGGGCGCUAGUGCAUAUGAGGAUGGCAUGGCAAAAUUCGACUUAAAGUUCCGCAUGGUGAGAAAGAUAAAUCAGGCGGUGGAUUUGACAUCAGAACAAGCGGGGGAUUUCAUUGACGCAUAUGACAGUUAUUGGGCGAAGCAAGGAGCAAAGGUUAUUUCACCAGUCUAA